CUCCUAUCUCGUUAGAUACCAAGACGAUUUAUGUAUAAUAACUAAGUGACGUUCGUAUACAUCAUGAGAGUGAAUUAACAACAACAGUGUCGGGACUAACAGGAUCAUCUUGUGAAUAAAAUAAAUGAUAAAAUAAAGACGAAUUUGAUCGUGAUCGGUGUUUAUUCGGUGAGGAAGAAGAGUAUCUUUUUUUUUUUUUUUUAAAUUUCCUCGGUGCCGAAUAGAUGAUGAAAGUAUAAGAUUAGUGGGAAAUGUUCCAUGUAUUGGGAUUAAUCUUGGAUGAGAAGCUUGGAUCGGUGCUUUUUAUAGGUGGCUGAGCUAAUCAAAAUUGAAGCUAAAACACAAGCUUAAGUCAUAGUAGAAGAAGAAGAAGAAGAAGAAGAAGAAGAAGAAGGAGAAGAAGAAGAAGAAGCAGUGAGAAGAAUGAUAGUUCUUUGGCUGGUGGUCAAAGUUAAUCGUCGAUUAAUGGUUCGAAUUCAUCGAAAGAAAAAAUAAGUGUUGAAGUUAAUCCUGAGAUAAGCCCCGGGCUAAGUUGCUCGUUAAUUCGUCGUCAGGCUGUUGGCUUUCCAAGAAUGCCGCGGCCGUCGCGCGAUACUUACGGAGAUCAAAAACCACCCUUCUCUUAUAUAUCGCUCACGGCAAUGGCGAUAUGGUCCUCGCGAGAUAAAAUGUUACCACUCGCUGAAAUAUACAAAUUUAUCGCCGACCGAUUUCCUUAUUAUCGAAAGGACACACGACGAUGGCAGAAUUCAUUAAGGCAUAAUCUAUCCUUCAACGAUUGCUUCAUCAAGGUACCACGUGGACCGCACAGACCAGGCAAAGGUGCCUAUUGGGCACUACACCCGGGUGCUCUGUCAAUGUUCGAAAAUGGCUCGCUUCUUCGUCGUCGGAAACGUUUUAAACUACACAAACCCGACAAGGAAUUGUUAAAAUCGGAACUGCAAGCGUUAGCUUCGGCAAUGCCACCACCUUGUUCGGAUCAAUCACCGGUGAAUAAUGUCAGUAACAGUCCGACGAGCAGUACAACGGGGACAGGCUUGAACGUGGCGAGUUUGCAUAGAUUGAGGGACGAUUUGUUACGUUGGGAAAUGGAGGAAAGACGAAUGAUGAUAAGUUCGGCUGGUUCUGGUAGCAAUGCUGCUUUUCCGAACGGUUCAAGCCCAAGUCCAAGCGGAUUCGAUGCCAACAACGAAGCCGUUGCCGGAUAUUAUCUGUUGUCGCCGGAAGUUAGGCAAAGAUUGACCAGUACGGAGAGUAGCAACGAAAUUUUAAGGACUUAUGAAGCUGCCUUGCUUCAAUCAGGAACAUGGAACUUUUCCGCGUUUCCCGUAUCACCUUACGUCUCUCAAUUGUCUUAUCUUCAACAAACAACGGGACAACUUCAACCAACGAACACCGAAUCACCGGAUACGCGUCGACUUUGCACACGUACAUCUUUAUCCGGACUCGACGUCAGAGAAAACAACGAACGAAAUUUCUUACAAGAUAAUAAUAAUCCUUACGAAUUGGGUUAUCGCGACAACGUUAACGAGGAUGAAUCUUUGUCGUCAUCGUCGAGGAUCAGUGCGAUUUAUGGUAGUAGCAGCAUCGUCACGGCACCACCAUCUCCAACAUCAUCCAUUUCUCCUGGAUCCCCUAUUUCUAAGAGUUAUCGUACCAACAAUCCUCGAUCCUCGCCACUACUUAGCAUUACUACCGACCAAAUUACCAAUUUAACAACGGAUCAUGUCACGUCUCAAACAUCCUCGCCGAAUAAUCGAGAUCCAAUCGUUAAUUUAACAUCUACCAUCAACAAUACCAGCUUAUCGUCUACUCUUGGAAUUGGGAAAAAAACGAAAAAACCUUUCACCAUCGAGAACAUCAUAGCACCCGACGAAAAUGAAUUGGCUUUAGAACCGAAAAGUGUGUCACUUGAAUCGACGACGAAAAAGUCACCGUUAUUAGCACCAAGACCACUUUAUGCCGCUGGUUAUCCUUUACCUGUUGCUACUUCGGCUAUUCAAAGACAUUCAUACGGAGCUGCGACUUAAAUAAUUAAUUGUCAAAUUACAAUUAUUUGGGGGAAUAGCUUAUAUUAUUUCACUUUGAACGAACACGUGAUUAUAAACAUACAAAUUUUGACAAGAUAGAACAUCCUAUAUAUCGUCUAAACUAAUUCGAUUUCUGUUCGUAUGAUCGUUAUCUACUUACAGUAUUGCGAAUUUAAUGACAGUAAUCGUUUCAGUGUUUUUUUUUGUUGUUGUUGUUCUUCUUCUUAUAGGCCAUUUUGAUGAACAUCGAACGUUCUCCGGAAUAAAAACGAAUUGACUGAUUUGAACGUUCACGAUCCGUUAUGUUAACGAUAAGAAAAGUGUCUUCUUUUGGGAUAUUAAAAGUCAAGGAUUGAAAGGACAAUCGAUAAGAAAUAUUUCAUUCCUUUUCUAGUGUAACUCAAAGGAAUGUUGUUGUUCAAAAGACUUUUCUCUUUCUAUCUUUCUAUCUUUCUCUCUCUCUCUCUCUCUUUUUCUUUAUUUCUUUCUUUCUUUCUUUAG